ACGUCAAAUGCACGUUUCAGUCUUUUACGAAGUAAAUAAACCUAUUUUUCCAAAAAUCCCUGUAAAUUAACACUAUGGGUGCCGAUGAAAAGGAUUUUAAAGAUUUCAAACUCCAACCUAUGAAGUGCGAGUUAAACUUUUUGAGUAAAUCCGAUGGUUCGGCGAUAUUAUCUCAAGGAGACACAGUGGCGCUGGUGAGCGUGAAUGGUCCCCUGGAUAUCAAAACUACAAGCCAGAGCAUAGAGAAGUCAACUCUAGAGAUAUUGUACAGCAGCAAAGGUGGCAAACCAUCAGUUGCUGAUAGAUACAAAGAAAAUGUAAUCAGACAAACUUGUGAAAAGGCAAUCUUGGGCAGUCUGUACCCACGCACCGGCAUCACUGUCACCAUACAAGAGCUAGAAGACUUUGGAGGGUUUCUCUCGUGCGCGCUAAACUGCGCGUGCCUAGCGCUGCUCAACUCAGGCGUAGCGAUGCGUCACGUGUUCGCGUGCGUGUCGUGCUCAGUUGACGCGCGAGGGGAGGUACGGCUGGGCGGGCGGGAGGAGGUGGCCCACAUCAGCUGCGUCUUCGAUGGGGUUCACAGGAGUCUGAUCACUUACCAUUCUGGGGUGGACACGGCCCACCCGGCCCUCGCGCUAUAUACGCGCAUGCAACAACGAACAAGCUCGUGGCCUGCAUCUACUCUCUACACUCACCUGAUGGAAAGUGAUAAUCAGACCGAAGGUGGCGAGCUUUACCCGGGAUCCUCAACCGCAGACUGA